AUGGGAUUGGAGCCUCUCAGAGGACGGAUCCGGAGGGAGCUCCGCUUGAUAUGGGUCGAGCCGCCGGCGUUCUGCCAGCCCGGCGCGUCGCCGGUGACGGACCUCCUCCACUGGGAGGUGGUCAUCGACGGCCCCGACGGCAGGCCCUACGCCGGAGGGACGUUCCCCGUGGACAUCAACUUCGUCGGCAACUAUCCCUUCAAGCCCCCAAAAAUCACCUUCAAAACCAAGGUGCGUGUACCACCCAACAUCAGCGCGGAAGGGGAGAUGACGCUGGACAUCUUCCGCGACGAGAGCUGGAGCCCGGCAACAACGACUGUCCACAAGCUCCUCCUCCUCAUCGUCUCCGUGCUCCGCGACCCCAUGCUCGACGACCACCCGACCAACGACGAGGUGUAA